AAGAACAGUCUGCGUCUUCAAGGUCACGAAACCUGCGAGCGAAAUUUCAGACAAAAAAUGUUUAAAUGUCUGGAUGAUGUCAAUACAUGCAUGCGUAUGUUUUAAGUAACCUGUGAUUUCAAAACGUGUGAUUGGUUUAGUUACCUGUUCUUUGGUAUAAAUAUUUAAUUUUGUUUUUUUUCUUAAGAUGUAGAUUAUUUUAAAUAUUUUAGUUUCGGAACAACUGUCUCACUAACGUUUGUUUAUCCAGCGUACAAAAAUGUCAAACUGGAUUUUGACUGUUUCUUUUCUGUUUGCUUUUCAAGUUGAAAUUUCCAGGACUGUCUUGCCAUCAACUAUUCGUAUUGGUGGUAUAUUUGACAUUGAUGAUAAUGGAAACCAAUAUUCGGCUUCGGAAAUUGCAUUCAAGAUGGCGAUUGCGGAAAUAAAUGCUGACACAACAAUUCUUAACGGCACCACCCUUGAGGGGAUCAGCAACACGACUGCGCCCCUGGAUGUCAAACAAAGCGUGGACAGCGCAUGCGACCAAAUCAAGCAAAGUGUUGUUGCAAUUAUCGGUCCUGCUCGUUCUAAUGCGGUAAAGGCGGUGAACUAUAUUAGUUCAGGAAUCGAUAUACCUCAGAUUACGUUUGCAGCUACUGACCACUCUCUGUUCGAAGCUUACCAACAAUAUCCGUUUUUACUACGACUGAGUUCGACUGGCGACAGACAAAGUGACGUCAUUAUAGCGAUAAUGGAACACUUUAAAUGGGACAAAGCUGUUAUGAUUACUUCGACUGAUGAUUAUGGUUACACCACCUUGCAACGUCUUCGACAUGCUUCAUUUCAACGUACCACGAUUGAUAUAGUCAAAACGGAAACCUUCCCUGCCCUCGACGAUCCCUCGUUGAUUGACUUUACAAGUCCUUUGUUAUCCCUGCGUAGCUCCCAGGUACGCCUGGUGAUCCUUUGCAGCCCUGGCAAAUAUGCCAAACGGUUAUUGGAUGUUGCAUAUCAUCUCGGGAUGGUGACACAAGACUGGGUCUGGAUCGUCAGUGAUGCCAUAGCAACCGAAAUGACUCUUUUCGACCCAGUGACAGAACAACCUGAAUAUAUAAUGGGUCUUCUUGGCGUUGAGCCUUCAAGCACAAGAACAGAGAACCAGAGGUCGUUUGAAACAAGGUUCCUGGCAAGAGGUGGAAAAAAGCCUGUGAAUGUGUACGCCUACAAAGUCUACGAUGCAGUUUGGACUGUAGCCAAAGCUUUGCACGCCAUGGCUGUGAGCAACGAGACACUUACUCAACCUAACCUAACCUGCAUACAAUGUGAUCAAAAUAACAUCACCAAGUGGACUGAUGGAAAAUCGUUACUGAGAAGAAUGAAAUCAGUUUCUUUUGCUGGCGAACUCAGCACGAUUUCAUUUACAAGUGAAGGCAGCCUGCAAUUUGAAGGAUACGACGUGGUCAAUCUUAAUCAUCAUGGCUUUGAACGGGUUGGUUAUUGGGACAAUUCCAAUGAUUUGACGUUGAACGUGUCUGACAUCAGUUGGUUGGGACAAUUCGCUGGUCCACCUCAGGCAAUGAAAGUGUCAAUGAAAAAUAAAACGUUCAAAAUAGUCACAAUUCAGGAGCCGCCGUUUUCCAUAAAGGCAGCAGGUAACGCCACUGGCAAUGAAGCAUGGGAUGGAUAUUGUAUGGACUUACUGAAUGAACUUGCCCAGAGACUGGAGUUUAAUUACGUGCUUCACGGUUCCUACGACGGAAAUUUUGGCGGAAAAUCUGCUGAGACACAGGAGUGGAAUGGAAUGGUCAGAGAAAUCACGGAUGGGAAAGCUGAUAUGGCAGUGGCAGCGUUUACAAUCAGUUCAUUGCGACAAGAAGUUAUUGAUUUCACGAUACCCUACAUUGACCUUGGGCUGACGGUUAUCAUGAAAAAAAAGGAAAGCGAAAAAGGUCUUUUGGCCUUCAUGGAUCCUUUCACAAAUGAUGUCUGGUUCCUGUUGUUCUGUAGCACAAUGUACGUUGGUUUAGUUCUCACAAUAUGCAGCAAAUUAAGUCCUUACGGAUUUUAUGGACAAGUCGUGCAGGCAAAUGAAAAUAUGUUGGGUGAGGAUGACAUGGAUGAUCUGGAAGAGAAUAAAGAUAACAUGAAUCUUGAUGAGGCUGCCUGGUUUUCAAUGGGAUCUCUUCUUGGGCAGGGCACAGAUAACCAACCAAAAGCCAUAUCAGGCAAAGUUAUAGCAGCCGUUUGGUGGAUGACUGGUACCAUAUUUGUUGCCACAUAUACAGCUAAUUUAGCAGCAUUUUUGACAAUCGAAAAAUCAGCUAUAAACAUUCGCUCUUUGGAGAAUCUUGUCAAUCAGGAUGAAAUCAAAUACGGAACGGUCGUCUCAUCACAACCGAGCCAGUUCUUUGAACGCUCAAAUAUAGCGCUCUAUCAAAAAAUGUGGUCACACAUGCAAUCUGAAAGCACUCUUGUGGAAACAUCAACCGACGCUCUAGAGAGAGUCCAAGAAGGAGGCUAUGCCUUUAUCUGGGAUUCUGCUGUUCUUGAGUACAUUAUCAACCAGAAGCCAUGCAAUACAUUUAUUUUAAAUGACUUGUUCUCACCACUCGGUUACGGCAUUGGUUUGCCUUUGAACUCACCUUACAAGGAUUUGAUAUCAAGAGAAAUAUUGAAAUUACGUGAGAGUGGUUUUCUUGAUAAACUAAAGAAUGAGUGGUUUGUACAUAAAGGGACUUGUGGAAAUAGCAAUGUUAAGACACCAUCAACAAUGGUUACAGUGCAAAUUAAAGACGUUAUUGGUGUAUACAUGUUGGUUGCUGGUGGAAUCGUGCUUGGGUUUAUAUUUCUCAUAUUUGAAUGCCUGUACUAUUCGAGAAAAUUAGUCAAACAUCCAGAUUCGGAGUAUUCUACCUACAUGGAAGCAUUAAAAGCAAGAAUAAAAUUGAUCUGGUCUGACAUGAAACUUCGUUGGAUAUCAACGCGUCCCAGGGCGAAUAAAUUGUAAACAUUUUCAGAACAUUUCUGCAUUCGUUUAUUCACGAGAAAAGCACAUCUUUUUGGCACGAUCUUUUUAAUCACACCGUAGCGUGUUGUUUUUGGUAGGCCAUAAUUUGUUUUGGCUUCUUUAAAUAUUUUCUUCUAGGGUUUGCAUACAUGUUAGUACAUAUCAACACACUUCAAAUUGUUGGGGAAAGCAACAAGUAAACAAGUACUGUAAUUAUAUCUGUAAUAUAUAA